CGCCCAUUGUCUGACCUGUCUAGGUUUUCUUUCAUUAUUUAUUUGUGUGAUUUAUUCUGAUAGGAUUGUGCUUAUCCAAUAAGAAUUCUUGGGGCAUUUUAGUUAUUUGUUACAGAUAAAAUGCAAAGUGUUAUCAAUACUGUAAAAGGUACCGCUUUAGGAGUAGCAGGGUAUCUGACACCCGUACUCAAGGAAUCAAAGUUUCAAGAGACUGGAGUGCUCACACCAGAAGAGUUUGUGGCUGCUGGAGACCAUUUGGUCCACCACUGCCCCACUUGGCAGUGGGCUCGCGGUGAAGAGGGGAAGGUGCGCCCUUAUCUACCUGCAGAUAAGCAGUUCCUCAUCACUAGGAAUGUACCUUGCUACCGAAGAUGCAAACAGAUUGAAUAUUGUGAGGACAAAGAAAAAGUGAUUGAAGAUGAGAAUGAUGGAGAAGGCGGCUGGGUGGACACUCAUCACUAUGAUAAUGCUGGGUCACCAACAAUUGAAGAAAAGGUUUGUGAGAUGACCUUGGAGGCUGCCGACACAGGGGACAGUGAGGGCGAAGGUGCCACCGGUGAUGGAGGCGAUGAUGAUGAUGAAGAUGAUGACGGCGAGGCAGAAGACAUGGAGCAGUUCCAAGAGUCAGGUCUUUUGGAUGAAGUCGACCCCUCAACAGAUCUGGCGCCGCGUAAAGACCCGAAGCCUAAGACUGAGCGGCGGCGCGCAGACGGCGAUGAAAUAGUUCGCACGCGCACCUACGAUCUGCACAUCACAUACGACAAGUAUUAUCAAACGCCACGUCUAUGGCUCAUCGGAUAUGAUGAGAACCGGUCACUGUUGAGCGUUGAACAAAUGUACGAGGAUGUGUCUCAGGACCACGCCAAGAAGACGGUCACUAUGGAGGCUCAUCCACACCUCUCCGGGCCCAGUAUGGCGUCUGUACAUCCUUGCAGGCACGCAGAAGUGAUGAAGAAAAUUAUAGAAACAGUGACGGAAAGCGGUGGCGAGAUGGGUGUGCACUCAUACCUGAUAGUGUUCCUGAAGUUCGUGCAGACCGUCAUACCAACCAUAGAGUACGAUUUCACGCAGAACUUCUCCAUAAACUAAUUAGUUGUCUACGCCUCGCAACUCAGCAGCGAUCGCUUCGUGGUAACGUUAUUAAACGCCCGACCCCAAUAUUUUAUUGCCAAUAGGGAAUAAGCAUAUCUUAGUUUUUUAUGGCUGGC